AUGGAAGGAAGAUUUAAUGAGAAAGAUGACUCCACCAGUACUCAAGAAAACGUGGCUGAUUCACCUCUUUCCGGCGGUGAUGAAGCUACUGAAGAAGUUUACAAGCCAUCGCCGAAAAAAAGGAGAGGUGCAAACAAGAGGGUGGUGACAAUACCAAUUGGUGGCAGUGAUGGAUCCCGGAGUAAAGCGGAGGUGUAUCCGCCGCCGGAUUCUUGGUCCUGGAGGAAAUAUGGCCAGAAACCCAUAAAGGGUUCACCUUAUCCAAGGGGUUAUUAUAGGUGUAGCAGCUCAAAAGGGUGCCCUGCUAGAAAGCAAGUAGAGCGGAGCCACCUUGACCCCACCAUGCUCCUCAUCACCUACUCAUGCGACCACAACCACCCUCUCCCAACCACCACCAAAUACCACCACCACCACUCUGCAUCAACGGUGGCUGCCUCCACUUCCUCAUCCGCCGCUACUCUUCCUGCCAAAAUCCCUAUGGAAGAAUGUUCUACAUUUGUCAACCAACCAGAACUAGACCCUGCUGAUAACGGCUUCACCGACCUCGCGGGCGAGUUUGGCUGGUUGGCGGAUGUUGGGUGUACAGUAGUAGACAGUCCUGUUCUUUUAGGUCCCACAUGGACUCAAGCUGACUUGGAAGUAUUCAUGCCAAUUGGAGAAGAGGAUGAGUUUUUGUUCGGUGAUCUUGGGGAUUUACCGGAGUCAUCAGUGGUUUUCCACCGUUGCAGUACGGAGACGCCAUGCUGCGGCGGCACAGGAUAA